GUCUUCAACUAAUGUAUUGCUGUCUCAAGGUGAUGCUGGAUUCAGUAACACCCAGCACAUUUCUGUCAAACACGAUGGUUUGUGAUCCCCUGAUGUCUUGGACAGAGAUAUUUGGGACAACUGAAGAUGACUAUCCCACCUGUGACCAUCAGACAGAUUCUGAUUCUUUCUGGACAUCCAUCCACCCAGAGCACUGGAGUAAGCACAACGUCUGCGAAUGGCUGCAGUUCUGCUGUGACCAGUACAAGCUAGAUGCCAACUGCAUUUCCUUUUCCCAUUUUGAUAUCAGUGGCUUACAGCUGUGCAACAUGACCCAGGAAGAGUUCCUGGAUGCUGCAGGCAUUUGUGGUGAAUACUUGUAUUUCAUCUUACAGAACAUCAGGAUGCACGGCACGUCCUUUUUUACUGACUUAGAAGAAACAAAGUUAUCCAGCAAGGACUGUGACCUUUUGACCAAGUUGCCACCAGACUCAGGAGUUCCUUCUUCACUUCUCACGUUACUCUGCAGUUCAGUCCCAGUGCGUGAUAAAGCAUGCAUGAAGACAGGUGGCAUCAGCAGCCAAGAAUGUCACAGUCAUGGUAGAACAAACCUGCAGAGUUCACAUUUGUGGGAAUUUUUAAGAGACCUCCUCCUUUCUCCUGAAGAAAACAGUGGCAUUCUGGAAUGGGAGGACAGGGGACAAGGCAUUUUUCGAGUUGUCAAAUCAGAAGCUCUGGCAAAGAUGUGGGGACAAAGGAAGAAAAAUGACAGAAUGACAUACGAGAAACUGAGCAGAGCACUUCGAUACUAUUAUAAAACAGGCAUUUUGGAACGAGUAGACAGAAGGCUGGUGUACAAGUUUGGGAAGAAUGCCCAUGGGUGGCAGGAGAACAAGAUAUGAACUGCUCAGUGCUUCCACACACGCCCAGCACAAAACAUGCCACAGUCUGGAUGGUCCAGCUGCAGUGGACACUUGAGAGAGAGGCUUUCCCCUCCCUUUCUCCCCUCAACCCAUCUGGACGAAUUCAUUGGAGUCUGCUACAGAAGACAGGCUACAGCAUCAAAAAAAGCACUUGAAUUUUGGAGUCAUUUCUGCCAAGCACUGUCUGCUAGCAAGUCUUUAGGAAUAUCUUUAUCUGCUGCUCAAGUGACAAUUAAACACUG